AUGAGAAGGAAUAAAAUACCAAGUUCUCUUGAAACGAAUACAGUAUUAGGUUUUCGAGGAUUACUGUUUAAAAAUGGAAGACCAAGUUCAACAAAACCUUUGAAAUCAGCAUACUAUGCCGAUGGACUUUCUCGUGGAUUACAUGAGGCUGCUAAGACUUUAGAUAAAGUUGCCGGACAUUUCUGUGUUCUCGCUGAAUCAUGCGAUGAGCCAAUGUACGUCAAACUUGUUGAAGCUCUUUGCCACGAACAUUCUAUUCCAUUGAUCAAGGUUAACAACAAAGCCAUACUUGGGGAAUGGGUAGGUCAAUGCAAGUAUGAUAAAGACGGAAAAGCAAGAAAAGUUGUUGGAUGCAGUUGCGCUGUCGUCAAAGACUAUGGACGUGAUGAAGAAGCUGCUAAAGUUCUCCGUGAUUACUUUGCCAGUCAAAAGAAAAUGGCAAAUUAA